AUGUCCCUCUACCGCACUGCCCAGGAGUUCGCCAAGGGGCUGCGCGAAUACACCAAGGAAGACGGCCCGGCGGCUGAGGGUGACUUCAGCCCCAACGACUUGGAGGUCCAAGUUCCUGGAGGAGCCUUCUUGAUCACUGAAGGGAACAGUGGCAUUGGGAAAACAACUGCCAUUGAAAUAGCCAAGAGAGGUGGCACAGUUCACCUGGUUUGCCGACAUGGAGACCCAGCGGAAGGUGCCAAAAGUGAGAUCAUCCGAGACAGCGGUAACCAGAACAUCUAUCUGCAUGUCGUGGACUUACCUGAUCCUAAGAAAAUCUUGAAAUUUGUUGAGAAAUUCAAGUAGGAACAUAAACUAAAUGUUCUGAUUAAUAAUGCAGGUUGCAUGAUCAAUAAAAGACAACUCACAGAAGAUAGACUUGAAAAAAACUUUGCAAUCAAUAUUCUAGGUGUGUAUAUUCUCACCACUGCCAUGAUCCCUGCACUGGAGAAAGAAAAUAACCCCAGAAUGGUAACAGUCUCCUCAGGAGGAAUGCUGGUUCAGAAACUGAAUACCAGUGAUCUACAAUCAGAAAGGGCAGCACUUAAUGGAACUAUGGUCUCUGCACAAAAUAAGAGGCAGCAAGUGGUUCUGACUGAGUGAUGGGCCAGCGCCCACUCAGCCAUCCACUUCUCGUCCACGCAUCCUGGCUGGGCGGACUCUCCAGCUGCGUGGCUGUCAAUGCCGGGCUCCCACACCAGGAUGAAGAGCUCGCCAGCACAGGGGGCAGACAGGGUGCUGUGACUUGCCCUGUCCUCUGCAGCCACUGUGCACCCUGGGGGGCAGUUCUUCCAAGGUAACUCUCUUUUUGUCGUUGACAUGGCUGACCCAGGCCUGAGCAGCAACAGGUCUGAGGUGUCCACACUGUGGUGGCUCACACGUUUCUACCACUUGCCUCUGGCUAGAACAUUCUCCUCACUGGCUGAAGAGAAGCUAAUUGAAGUAUUGGAACAGCUGGCUCAGAGAUUUAAAUAG